AUGAGCCCCCUGAAUUCAGCCUACUUUACAAACGGCAGUAUUGUGCAUCCUGACUUCUUUUACAUAAGUGGACUUGCUGGUAUUCCCCUCACAAACUACUACUAUGUCUUCUUGAGCUUUGUCUACGCUGUGACUGUACUCGGAAACACUUUUGUCAUGUUUGUGAUUUACACUGACCACUGCCUUCACAGUCCAAAAUACAUUGCAGUUUUUAAUUUGGCUGUGUCUGACUUGUUUGGAAGCACUGCACUCAUUCCUCAGUUGAUUGACACCUUCCUGGUUAAGUCGCAUUUAAUCUCCUUUGAGGCCUGCUUAACAAACAUGUUUUUUGUUUUAGGGUUUCUCACUGUGCAGUCGUUCACUCUCACUGUUCUGUCCUAUGAUAGAUGUGUUGCUAUAUGCUUUCCACUGAGAUACAAUGAGAUUGUGACUCAUAAAUCAAUGGCGGUCAUCAUAGCCAUGUUAUGGAUAAUUUCUGGAAUAGCCUUUGUCAUAGCUAUACUUUUUAUCAGCAGACUGUCCUUCUGCAAAUCCACUGUGAUAAACAGUUAUUUCUGUGAUCACGGAGUCAUGUACCGUUUGGCGUGUAAUGAUAACACUCCAAGUUCUGUGAUUCACUGGACACAUCCUCUUCUAAUUUUGUGGUUUCCAGUACUUUUUAUCACAGGUACAUACCUGUGUAUAGCCAGAGCAUUAUUAAAAAUUGCAGCAGCCUCAGAGCGCCUCAAAGCCAUGAAAACCUGCACCUCUCAUUUGAUCUUGGUGAGCGUGUUUUACCUUCCCAUGUGCAUCUCCGUUGCACUGGGCUCAAUCAUUCAUCAGAAUGCCCGGAUCAUUAAUAUGUCUCUAUCUACUGUCAUGCCACCUAUGCUGAAUCCAAUCAUUUACUCUCUUAAGACAGAAGAAUUCACAGAAUGUAUUAAAAAACUGUACAGAAGAAAGAUGAUACACAUCGCUGUAACAAAAAAAUGA